AGACGCAGGAACGAAUUGAACAGAAUGCAGAUGUCACGAAACGCGUUUUUAAAAGUAGAAGUUAUUAACUUUGAAACGACUUCUGGCGGGCAAUGACGUACGUCGAGGGAAAAUAAAAUAUAAAGUAGGCGGUGUCAGUUGACGCUCCAGCCAGCCGAGGAACGUCAGCAUGAACUAAUGAAUAAUCAUCCGCUAAUCCUUCGCCGUAGUAGAAUUUGGGCUACUGGGAAAGCUAGUUGGUCCUCUGAAAGAGCUCUUCUCCUAAAAACAUUUCAUGCUUUUAUCGCAAGGAAAGGUCCCCGUCUAGGCCAUGGUUUUAUUUGUUUUUAAUUUGCAAUCAAAGAUGGACUCAUUUCCGUUAAUAAUCUUACAUUUUAUUCUUAUCUGCGUCACUUUGCAUUGUAACAAUCUGGCCGCGGCUACAAUGUAUCCAAGACCGAACAUUGUUUUAAUUCUAACAGAUGAUCUGGAUGUAUCGAUCGGCGGAAUGAUCCCUUUGACUAAGACGAAGAAGCUUAUAGGUGAUGCUGGAAUAACAUUUACAAACACAUUUGUUGCCAGUCCUCUUUGCUGCCCCAGCAGGGCGAGUAUCCUGACGGGCAAGUAUCCCCAUAAUCACCAUGUUGUCAACAACACACUGGAGGGCAACUGCAGCAGUGUGGGGUGGCAGAAGACCCAAGAGCCCAACACCUUCCCUGCAUUUCUGCAGAAACACGGCACCUAUCAGACCUUUUUUGCUGGGAAAUAUCUCAACGAGUAUGGCAGCACAAAGGCUGGAGGAGUGGAGCAUGUUCCCCCAGGCUGGGAUCACUGGUUUGCCUUGGAAAGAAACUCAAAAUACUACAACUACACACUGUCUGUGAAUGGCAGGGCACAGCAACAUGGACAGAACUACAGUGAGGAUUACCUUACGGACGUUCUGGCCAAUAUUUCCAUAGACUUCCUAGAAAACAAGUCUAACCGCAGGCCGUUUUUCAUGAUGGUGUCCACCCCGGCUCCACACUCACCCUGGACGGCCGCUCCUCAGUACGAGAGCAGUUUCCCCAGUGUCAAAGCUCCAAGAGACCCCAACUUUAACAUACAUGGCAAGGACAAACACUGGCUCAUCCGGCAAGCUAAGACCCCCAUGACAAACUCUUCAGUGGAGUUCUUGGAUAAUGCCUACAGGAAAAGGUGGCGCACUUUGCUGUCAGUAGAUGACCUGGUGGAGAAGGUGGUGAAGAAGUUGGAGGUCAGAGGAGAGCUUAGCAACACCUACAUCAUUUUUACCUCUGACAACGGUUACCACACAGGUCAGUUUUCUCUCCCCAUGGAUAAGAGGCAACUCUACGAAUUCGAUAUCAAAAUUCCUCUGCUGGUACGAGGGCCUAAAAUCAACCCGAACCAGACAAGCUCGUUACUCAUAGCAAAUGUGGAUUUGGGUCCAACGAUACUGGACAUUGCAGGAUAUAGCAUCAAUGAAACUCAGAUGGACGGGAUGUCAUUUCUUCCUAUCAUGAUCGGUCAAGCAAACAGCAGCACAUGGAGAUCUGAUGUUCUUGUGGAAUAUGAAGGAGAAGGAAGCAACAUCUCAGACCCAGCCUGCCCUCUUCUGGGUCCAGGGGUCUCGGAGUGUUUUCCUGACUGUGUGUGUGAGGACUCGUACAACAACACAUAUGCCUGUGUACGCACCGUAUCACAGGCUGCCAACCUACAGUAUUGUGAAUUUGAUGAUAAUGAGGUGUUUGUGGAGGUCUAUAACCUGACAGCUGACCCCUUUCAACUGAGCAAUAUCGCCAAGAGCAUAGAUCAGGAAGUCCUGGAGAAGAUGAACCAUCGUCUAAUGAUGUUACAGUCCUGCUCAGGGCCGUCCUGCAGAACGCCAGGUGUCUACGACUCCCAGUUUAAGUUUGAUCCUCGGUUAAUGUUCAGUAGUCUAAACCCACACAGAAACAAACUACGACAGACGCUGAAGUAGAAUGUGCUGGUUCAAUGGAAGAAUAUAAAAGGGAGGAUGAGAAUGAAAGACUGAAAAAGAAACAAGCCCUGUUGUUGCCUUGAUAUUCUGAUGUUCCCCCAAAGACCCUCUGUCACUGUUCUGAUGAGGUCAUCAGAGUGCGCCCAGGGUACUGCACACACUACAGACACUUUCUGUCAUGAUGGCCUCUCUCCACUACAGCCCUGCUCAUUCACAUGUGAUCCAGACAAACUGCAAGCUUACACAUAUCUGUGAGAGUAUUAACAACAUAUUCCUGCUUCUUUUCAGUUGCUGUUCAUUUUUUGCUGAUUUGAAUUUAAUGACACAGUUUGAGAAUGUGUAUUGUUUCUUUUUGUAUUUAUUUAUGUUUAGAAUGUUUUGUUUCACUUCCGUUAUGAAAAGGGUACAGUUUUGAACAUUUGUAAUGCACUUAAUAGAAUGUUUGUUUGAUAAAUCUAUAUAUUAAGGGUUGACAACACUUCACUCUACAUAUUGUUACAAAAACACUAAUACAGUAUAUAACAUUUCAAAUGUUUGUAGGCCUUAAAUUGUUCUGAUUACUUUACCUACUGUGCUUUUUUGAGUUUGGUCAAUGGCAAAGAUGGAAAGUUGAUUUUCUAAUAUGCUUUCUGUUAAUGGUGGCAAAUGUUCUCUCAAAACGAAUAUUAACAACUGCAGAAAUUAUGCUUAAGUUAAUGUUCUCUAAGAGGAAGUUUGUUCAUCUUUUCAGUUCUUGCCACUUUAGUCAUUUAUAUCAUGCGAUGAGGAAAUUUUAUAUUUGGACCUUCAACAAUUAUCUGAUGCUGGAAUUGGCAAUACCGUAAAUCACCCAAACUAGACUUGAAAGACUUUUGACAGGCAUAAGCACUGCGUUUGGUGUCUUCUCAGGCACAGACUUAUUGUUCAAAACAUGAAAAGAUGACUGCUUUAUUACAAUAUUUCAAGAUGUCUAUUCAGUGAAGCACUAUCCAGUCUGUGAUGCACAUGUCUAACUUGUUUUAUUAUGUUUUGCACAUCAAUCUUUCAUUAAAUGUGAUGGUAUCUUUAUGAUAAGUGUUGAUUUUUCUGUCAUUUUUGGUUGUUUGAUAAAAGCAUUCUGAAAUCGUUUCUGUCAACAAUACAAUUUGAAGGCCAGUGUAUGGAUGAUCUUACAAAAAAAAGAAAAACUUUCUAAAACAAAAUUGAAAACCAAAAAUCAAACUAACUACUAGUUCAGACACAACAUUGUGUUAAAAUGGCUUUACUAAACCUGAAUCAAAUAUUUCGCCAUUACACACACUACCGGUCAAAUGUUUUGCAACACUUAUUCUAUAUUAUAUAUAUAUAUA